CUGCCGUUGGUUCUUCUGGUUCGCUCCGCUCGUUUGCUUUACGCGAGGUCACAAAACGAGCGCACCCUCUCACGACCGUUGCCCUCGUAACAUUUGUAAAGGACAUGUAAAAGGUCCAUGCCUGCGCUAUCCUUGACACAGCUUACUUCAAGAGUUUCCCCAGGGCAUUGUAAAGCGUUUAUCGAGACGAGUCUGUUAGCUAGGAUGCUACAUAGGAGUAAAAACUUGAGCUAUUUUCUGAGCCUUGUCCCGGGCAAACGUCGUCUUGGGACGUACAGGUUCCUUCCCAUCUUUUUUUGCAUCGGAGGCGUCAUGGAGUGGAUCAUGAUCAACGUGAGGAUAGGAAAAGAGACUUUUUAUGAUGUCUACCGAAGAAAACAAUCAGAACGGGUGUACCAGCAGAAGAUAGCAGAUGGUUUGAUAGUUCUUAAUGAGCCUGCAGACAAGUGAACGAUGGUCGGAUUUAAUGUGGACUUCAUGUGUUGUCUAAGGACGCAUUCUUGGACUCUCGUUUCCUUACUUGUUUCCAACAGGCUGGAAUGGACUUCAUAGCAUGUUACUGGUAUACAACAACCGUAUCACAGUUAUGAACAUUAUUAAGGAGCCAAGAGUGAAAAGGCUGAUGGAGAAAUCGCUUCCAACAUGCAGGUUUUAUUGUUAAUAUGAUCUUCAGUUUAAGAAACAUUAGCAGUAAUAAUACCACUGGUGUGAGAUCACAUGAAAUAAUCUCAACAGUGGUCUCAUAUUGAUUUGACAACGAGUCACUGUCGAUGUAUUAUUAUGUCUAAAACAUUGCGUAGCACCUGCCAAGACAAAACAGUCUCAGCCAAAUUGUAACAAAAGAAAAAAUACACAUUUAGAGACAUCUCGGAUGAUUUUGCACAGAUGUGUUUAACGCUGGCAGAUAGCAUUUGAUAAGAAACAAAAAAGCUCUUUCUUCCUCUUGUUUAAAUUCUGCUGUUCUGUAAUUAUAUGAUUUCUGUCUAAUUAUAAAAAACUGUUAAGCGGUCUUGAACUGUACGGUAGAUUUGAGUAUAUAAAAUGUAACUUAAGAACUGCA